AUGGCGAAGAAAGAGAAAAAAGUGAGCAAGGCGGGCAAACCAAAGCCCUUCCAAAAGCUCCCUACCCUACCCAACAAGCCUGCUGGCCAUGCCAAAGACAAGAUUCAGCCCCCAAAGCGCCAGGUGCCUGAUCCCGAGUGCGAGGAGGAGGAGGAGGAGGAGGAGCAGGACAAAGGCUCUGACGACGAAUCUGACGACGAAGGCUCUGACGACGAAGGCUCCGACGAGGAAGAAUCAGACGAGGAAGAAUCAGACGACGAAGGCUCUAACGACGAAGGCUCCAACGACGAAGGCUCCGACGGCGAAGGCUCCGACGAGGAAGGCUCCGACGAGGAAGAAUCCGACGAGGAAGAAUCCGAUGAGGAAGAUUCUGACCAAGACCACGUUGCCAACAAACACCCUUCAAAAGGUCUGAUCAGGAAGCCCAAGGGGAAGAUUCGGAUACGCCAUGUCAUGGGAUUAGACAAUAGUCCCUUCUACAAAAUUGUUCGGACUCGUGUCCGCAGCCUCUGCGAACGUUUUCUCAACCGCAGUAAGACAAUCUCAUUCCAAGAUCCCGCUAAAUUGGACAAAGUACGGAGCUUGAUGCGCCAGGCAAUUCCAUUUGCUUGGAACAGAUAUGAAGGCACUUGGCUUGAAGACGCCCUCAUUGGGUCGUUUUUAAGUAAUGCCUCUGUGCGUGCUAGAAAAGAGGCAGAAGAGCUUGGUGGAUUGGUGGAGGAGCAGAAGGAAAAGCGUGCUCAGAAAGCUCAAGCCUUGGCCUCCAAGUCCGGCUCUUCGAAGACGCCGACCACCAAGGGUGGCUCGUCGAAGACGCCGACCACCACCUCCAAGUCCGGCUCUUCGAAGACGCCGACCACCAAGGGUGGCUCGUCGAAGACCACCACCACCAAGUCCGGCUCUUCGAAGACGCCGACCACCAAGUCCGGCUCAUCGAAGACCACCACCACCAAGUCGGACUCGUCGAAGACACCGACCACCAAGUCCGGCUCGUCGAAGACCAUCACCACCAAGUCGGACUCGUCAAAGACACCGACCACCAAGUCCGGCUCGUCGAAGACCACCACCACCAAGUCGGACUCGUCGAAGACGCCGACCACCAAGUCCGGCUCGUCGAAGACCACCACCACCAAGUCGGACUCGUCGAAGACGCCGACCACCAAGGGUGACUCGUCGAAGACGCCGACCACCACCACCAAGUCCGGCUCUUUGAAGACGCCGACCACCAAGUCCGGCUCGUCGAAGACCACCACCACCAAGUUCGGCAACACAGCUAUUACCACAACUACCACCAAACGCAAAUGUUCGUCAAUCUCCGUGGCUACAGUCCAAGAAGGAGUUGUUGAGCCUCCUCGCAAGAAGGCGAAGCACUCGUCUGAGCCUGGUACCUCCAAGAAGCCUUCCACUACCACCAAGCUUUCAUCAAGCAAUUCAAAGUCCUCAAAAGCCAAGCAGAGCGCGCAGAAGAAUAAGGAAAAUAUCCCCCCAGCUUCUACCAAGCGUAGGUCUCAGGAAGAGGAAGGUGUCGAGGAUGAUCCUCGGCCUCUCAAGAGGACUAAACGACUGAUUCUUUUCUCCGACGAUGAAGACUCGGUCGACGAAAGCGAUAAGGAGAAUAUCCCACCCGUCUUCUCAGCCUUAGCAAAGGUUCAAGUCCAAGCAAAUUCGAGGACUGCUAAAGACCUCGAGGCCGUGGCUAUUACUGAGACUGAGGGACAUUCUACUCUCCCUCCUCGUAGUCGCAGAUAUGCUCGUGAACACUUCAAGCGGGUCAGCAAUACCUCCAGUACCGGCAAUGAUGGUGACGAAAAUUCUGGCGCCGAGGACGGUGGCAACGCGGACAGGAACAACUCCACCCCCCUCUCGGACGAGGACAUACCAUCAGCUUGCCCAUCCUGCGAGGUUUACAGCGAGUUAUCUGACAAGUUGAAUGGCGAGAGUCAGAGAGAACCCCAUGGCAUUGGUGCCGAGAAGCAACGCAACAUGGCCAUCGAUGAAUUCAACAAGAAUGGUUGGCCUGUCACCCCUGACUUCGCUUCAAUGCCUGCCCGUGUCCUCAAUCACUAUCAGAGCUGCUACGACCUCAUCACAGGGGCAACCCCGCUUGAUGACCACUUUCUCUACACCGCACUCGAACGCAAGAUGGGAGAUAGUACCCUUGAAACACUUAACAACAAGCUCAGCCCUACCAUCCAGGCAUUCGCCCGCCCAGGAUAUGCUCUGGAGGCCCUCGAUGUGAUGGAACGCAGCAGUGCCGGCGGCUAUCUGAUCCACCGGUCCAUCUGUACUGAUGAUUUUUACCCCGCCAUCGACCGAACCUUCAAAAAGUGGAUUCGCUCACGAGGAAGCGGGGCUUCUAGCAAGGCUGUGGAUAGGAAUGGUGGUGCUGGAGACGACAAUGUGGGGGGCAAUGCACAGGGUGGUGGUGCUGGAGACGACAAUGUCAAGGACAGUGAACCGGUAAUGUCUAUCUUUGUGCUCAAAAUCAAGAUCCGUGCUCGCCCUCGUAGAAACCUGCGUCCCGCAUCCCCUUGA